UUUUGAUAUACAAUUGAGAAACACUACAAAUAUGAUGGAAAACUCAAAAAAAGCUCAUGAUUUCUCAUAUUUUAAUCACUUGUUCUAUGAUGAUUCAUAAGCCUUUGAUUUAUUUGACUUAAUGUGUCUUUAAGUUUACAAUUUAAUUUUGAUCUUGACGUUUAAUCAAUUGUGAUUUUAUUAUUGUGAUUUUGUUUAACUAUUUUCUAUUUAUUUCUGUAUCUCUCUUCCUCUCUCUCUCCCUUACUCUUUCUUUCUCAAUUUUCCUCAGUCUUUCUUUACUUUCUUAGUCUUAAAUUUUGUGCAUCAAAUUCUCCCUUUUUUUCUCUCUAUUUAUCUUCUUUGUCACUCACGGAUCAUAACAACAAUGGGACAAGAUGAAGAAGCUCAAAAGAAUAAUGGUCAAGAGGAAGAAGAAACACCUGAAGUAGAUAUUCAUAUUAGUAAUGUUGUAUGUAAUUUUAGUACUCGUUGUCAUCUUAAUCUCAGGCAAAUAGCCACAAAAGGUUCAAAUGUUGUCUAUAAAAGAGAACAAGGGAUGGUCUCUAUGAAAUUGAGAGAUCCAGUAGUAACUGCCAGUAUAUGGUCAUCAGGAAAAAUAACUGUCACAGGAGCAACCUCCGACGAAGAAGCAAAGAAGGGGGCCAGGAGAGUCGCUCGUGUUUUACAAAAUUUAGGAUUCAAAGUUAAAUUCUCUGCAUACCGUGUAGUUAAUGUGCUUGGUACUGUCAUUCUUCCUUUUGGAAUCAAAAUAACUCAAUUUACUGAGCAUCACAGAACCCAUUGCAGUUAUGAACCAGAAUUACAUCCAGGAGCUACUUAUAAAUUUAAGGAAGCUAAGGCGACCCUUAAAAUAUUUCAAACAGGAGCAAUAACUAUCACCGCACCCAGCAUUUUGUCUGUUCAACACGCCGUUGAGCAUAUAUACCCCUUAGUGUACGAAUUUAAGAAAGACAAUGAAUAUUAAAAGAAAUUUUUUGUAUCAUAUAAACAUAAAUGAAAUGAAUGAAGCAGGAAAAUAAAUGAAAGGUAAGACAAAAA